UGUGUUGCGUUCUUUCGCGUUUUGUUGUAAUGAAAUUAGAAGUUUAAAUUUGUGAUUAACCGAAAAGUUCAUUUCAUAAAUGUUCAGAAACGGCUACGUUAAUGAUAUUUUAAUUUAACAUAUUAUCUUGAGUUCAAGUUUAAAGUUUGUUAUGUCAAAUUAAUGAAAAAGAAUUGCGUUUUGUGAUAAGAAAAUUUACAGGGGAAAAUUUGCAGUGCGUUGUGCAACAAGUGAAUGAAGUGCUUUUGGAAUGCGACUGGGUGCGUGAAGUGCGCAGAUUUUUUAAUUUAAUUCACUACAAGAAAUAUUGAUAAGUGCUGACAAAAACAAAUAAACGAAACUCAGUCAAAACGUUGAUUGAUAUAUUAACGGAGCGAGUACUUGAAACCAUCGGAAAGGAGGUUCGCCAACUCUACGAAAUCCACGUCGAGAGCAUCAGAAGGGUUUCACAAACUUAAGACAAACUGCCAAUAAACUGAAAAUUUUUUUGUUCUGCACAUAGAAGUGAAUCAGCGCAACCGCUCAGUCUAGUCAUAGUGGAUCAAACGUGAAACAUUUUGUUGCAAGUAGAGAAAAGUCGAAGUUAAAAGAGUUUACAGAAAGUGAACAGCAUUUGAAGUAAUUAAAAUUUUGUUGCAAACGUAAAAUACGCGAACGUUCCCGAAAAGGGACAAAACUUUACAGCUGCAACAACAAAAGCGGGAUCGAUAAAAACAGAAGAACAAUUCACGUCAGCUGAUAAGUGCAAAAUAAGAAAAAAAGUGGGCGUGCGUGCAAGCAGAAACCGAAUUAAAGCGCUCACGAAUCGUGUUGCAAGAUUGGGAGGUCGUGGUCGAGCGGUGCAUUGGCGCAAUGCAAUGAAAUAAUUAAUUCAAUGCACUUAAAAUUGUAGUUUUCAACUUGAGAAACGAGAAAAUCGCAUUUAGAUAAAAACCAAAACAACAAAAAUUCGCAAUCAGUGCAAAUGAAUGGCAGCAAACUAAACUUAAAGUAAAAUAAAGGAGAUAAAGUUGAUAAAGAGUGAAGCGUAGAAAAGUUUGCGUGACAAAGUUUCAUUUGGUGGCAAAUUGGGAAGGCGCACAAACAGCGCAAGGCGAUUGGGUGGAGCGAGCCCGCAGUGGGUCUGGUGUGGCAGCAAUAAAAAUGACGUACACAACUCAAGUAGGGGAUUGCAUAAAAUCACAAAUACAACAAGAACAACAAAAGCGAGUUGGGCAGUUUGAAAAAUUCAACAACAGCGGCAGUUGUAGCGAAAAAAGCGUAAAAGUGAAAAGCUGUAAAUUAGCGCCAACGCAACGUGCAACACGGGCACACGCCACACUGCACCAGCAUCAGCAACGGCAAGAGUUGCGAACAGCUGACACAAAUUGUAACGCCUUCAUUGGCCGUGUCUCAGCCACACGCACUAGAGAACUAGAACUAGAAGCACAACAACAACAAACACACAACUAUACCACCUCCAACAUGAAUGGAAGCAGCAUCAUGCAACUUACACUUGAAGAAGUGGCAGUGGAAAAUAAGAAAGUAGCCAACGGCGUCACACCACAUCCCAAUACAAGCGUCGUCCAGUCGCGGCAGCUGCAGCAGGUGCAGCGGCACCGACAACUCAGUUUGGGGGAAAAACAGUUGAGUGAAAGCGAGAUUUAUAGCAGCAGCAGCAGCAGCAGCAACACAGCACAGACAAGCAGCAACUGCAUUAAUCACAAAAAUUGUAGACAGCGACAACAAAUACAACAACAACAGGAAACUUCUUGGCGCUACGCCCGAUCCAUUGCCAGUUGCACACAGCUCCUCAGCGUUCUGCUGCUGCUCGUCACGGUGCAUUUUCCAAGCGGUAAGUGAAGUUUUGCGCACGAAUAUAUGAAUCUAGAA